CUUUUCAAAAAGUUUUAAAGGAGGGUGAUAAUGACAUGUUCUUGCAUUUUGCCUGACACGGCGAGGAGAAUGAGUGGUCAUGUAAAGAGUAUGCAUUUUAGACAGUUUAUGGAACCAGCAACAACAUUACUCUCCCUUUUGCUGCUUAUGGCUGUUGAUUCAACGCGAACUGUGGCGGCGAGCAGGAACCAGCUGUGUGGGAAUUCUCUGCAACGCACUCUGAAGCUCACCAGACUCAUUCAGAAGGAAUCUGUCGACUUAAUCAAAACAUAUAAAGCCUCACAAGGGGAAAUGUCUGAGCUCCUCUGCAAGGUGUCCGUGCCCACCGUCCCUGACCCCAACAUCUCGGGCCUGGAGCCCUCAGAGAGGAUAGUCAGCAUCUACACACACAUCCAAGCCUUCCUCCCACAUUUCAAACGAGUGUAUGAACAGCAGACGGACUUACAGUUGCCAGACAGCCCGGUGCUGGCCGGGCUCAGCCGUGUCAGCGCUCACAGCAGGAACCUGGCCACUCUCGUAAACCUCUUCUAUCAGAGCCUCUUCCCGAACGAUCCCAUACCGGAGCCGGUGGGGGGGCCCACGGAGCUGCCGCCACCUCAGAAUGUGUUCCAGCAGAAGGUGUAUGGAUGCGUGGUGCUGAAAACCUACAAGGAGCUCCUGGCUAAUGUUUCCAGAGAGCUGAGGACUCUGAAAAAUAAAGUGUGCAAGAGGAGGAUACAGAAUAACAUACACUACUUCUGAGGAUGACCCAAGGCUGGCCCUAGAGGAUCAAUUUUCAACAACAGUUCUGCUCAUGUGUUUGAUAAAGACUUGAAAUUAUGAGUGAGGAUGAAGGUGGCUGGUACAUCAGAGGAAUGAAGCCUAUUUAUGGUAUUUAAUAUUUAUUUUUGUCUGGCUCUGACUCAGAGGAAUGCUGUUAAAAGGUUAAGAAUGUAAAGGCAUCAACAUGCAGGUUAUGUAUAUUUAAGGUUCUCCAUUGCUUGUGUAUUACUGGCUGUUAAGAAUAUUAAAAGAUC